AUAUGUGGUCCUCCAGCCGGGCCGGCCCGUUGACGCCGCGCUCUCCGGCGCCGCCCGGGAACUACAGCCGGCGGCUGCCGGUGUGCGCCCGGGAGGAUGGCGGCUCCCCUGGUGCUCGUGGUGCUGGUGGCCGUGACGGUCCGCGCCGCGCUCUACCGCUCCAACCUCGCCGCCUUCAUCUCCGAGCGGGUCGAGGUGUCGUCCCCGCUGAACGCCUGGAAGCGAGUGGUUGAAGGACUAGCUCUGCUGGAUUUAGGGGUCUCGCCAUACUCUGGAGCUGUCUUCCAUGAGACCCCGCUGAUUAUAUAUCUCUUUCACUUCCUGAUUGAGUAUGCUGAAUUGGUGUUCAUGAUAACUGACGUGCUCACUGCUGUUGCCCUUUACUUGGCCAUCCAGGAAUUCAACAAAGUUGUGUUCAAAAAGCAAAAGCUCCUGAUAGAACUGGAUAAAUAUGCACCGGAUGUGGCUGAACUCAUCCAGACGCCCAUGGAAAUGCACUACAUCCCCCUCAAGGUAGCACUAGUCUAUCUGUUAAACCCCUACACUGUGAUGUCUUGUGUGGCAAAGUCCACCUGCGCCAUCAACAAUACUGUCAUUGCAUUCUUCAUCUUAGCCACAAUAAAAGGUAGUGCCUUCCUCAGUACUCUGUUCCUGGCCUUAGCAACAUACCAGUCACUCUACCCUCUCACACUGUUUGCUCCAGCACUCCUUUACCUUCUACAGCGUCAGUUCAUACCCAUCAAACUGAAAAGCAAAAGCUUCCAGCUCUACACCAUACAGUAUGGGGCCCUGUACGUGUGCAACCUGGGGGUGAUCAUCUGCCUCUCCUUCUUCCUCCUCAACUCCUGGGAUUUUAUCCCAUCUGUUUAUGGGUUUAUCCUUUCUGUUCCAGAUCUGACACCCAAUAUUGGCCUUUUCUGGUACUUCUUUGCAGAGAUGUUUGAACACUUUAGUCUUUUCUUCGUAUGCGUGUUUCAAAUCAAUGUGUUCUUCUACACCAUUCCCUUGGCAAUAAAGCUAAAGGAGCACCCUGUGUUCUUCAUGUUUGUCCAGAUCGCAAUCAUUUCCAUCUUCAAGUCCUAUCCCACUGUGGGAGAUGUUGCACUGUACAUGGCCUUCCUUCCCGUCUGGAACCACCUUUACAGAUUCCUCCGGAACACCUUCAUCCUGUCCUGUGUGCUCAUUAUCUGCUCCCUCCUGUUCCCUGUUCUGUGGCAUCUAUGGAUUUAUGCAGGAAGUGCCAACUCCAAUUUUUAUUAUGCCAUCACGCUGACUUUCAACAUAGGGCAGAUCCUGCUCGUCUCGGACUAUUUCUAUGCCUUCCUCCGGAGGGAAUACUACCUCACUCAUGGACUCCAUUUGACAAGGCCAGAUGGGACAGAAGCCAUGCUUGUUUUGAAGUAAGGAUUGUGCCCACCAUUCCCAGGACAUGGACCACUCUAAGGAACACGCAAAGCUUGGGGUGUGUGGGGUGGGUGGGGAAGGUUCCCUGAAUGAGGUCUAACUUUGGGAAUGAUGCCUGCUGUGAGAAAGGGCUGAGGUUCUUCUGGGAAUACCCUCCUGAGCUACAGGCUCAGUGCAGAGACUUAAGAGCUACAAGUAGGAGCUGCAGUGCCUCCAUUGGAGCAUCUCCCUUCUUCCCUAAGCUGUGCUUUUCACUACGACCUCAGCCAUCACCUCGGGGCAGUCCAGCAGGAACUGGAGAAAGCAUCUGAGUUCAAACCAGGGCUGCAUCGGGGUCCGGAAAGAGCUCAGACCAUAAACUGUUCACUUUACUGUCACUGCUUCUGGAGAUGUUUGCUGCUCCAGGGCAUUUCCCCUUCACUGCUUUGACCAGUAACGCUCCUGCUUGGCACAAGGCAAUCUCUGGGUACCUGGUUCCUAAGCUCUGGCUGUAGGAGCCGUUUGUUGGUUCUGCUGCAGUGGGAUCUGGAAGGAUGAUGUGUGCUCAGGUGCAGUGGGUGAAACAAAGGGGUGACCAAGGCUGACUGACCCGUUGGAAGGAGGAUGGCUGGAGCUGCUGCCACAGGUAAUAAUCUUGGUGCUCAGACCCUGCUAUGAACUGGAACUGGGGUGGAAAGCAGGGUGGGCACCAGGUAACUGCUGUAUCCUGUUGAAGCAACAGACACCUUCAUCUCAGGAGCUGCAGGCAGGAGCAUUACAGGGUCCCACAAGAAGGCACUACUGUGCAGAUAGAUUCCUGCUG